UUAGCAUUGUAGAGUUUGCAAUAGUGUGAAAAUCAAACGGUCGACAGUCAUUUUUCAGUAACAAAAGCUUACAGCCUCUCAGAAACUAUAUUUACAUAAAAAAUCGAAAAAUAAUUGUAUUUAUUGAUAUAACGAAAUCAACUAUCACAAUCAAGCCCUAGAAAACCCUCGAUAUGUGUCUUUGCCUCGGUCCAGCAAAAUCUGGCAAAACUUUGCUUAUGAAAAGACUCCAAGGUGAAGAUAUCGACGACGCUACUCAAACGGUCCCUACGAACGGUGUUGAUCUUUAUACCGUCAAAAAUUCUGAUGGUCACUUUGAUAUGGUAAUCAAAGAAAUUGGCGGCAAUAUGGCACCAAUUUGGAAGCGUUAUUUCGACAAGGUCUACAAAAUAUUGUACGUCGUGGACGCGAGUAAUCUCUGUCAGAUAAGCGCUGCUGGUGUAUUGCUGUACUCAAUAUUGGUUGAUCCGAGGUUGCAGAACGUGAAGAUUGCUCUUGUGCUUGGAAAAAUGGAUCUUUCGUAUCGUCAGAUGAGAAACGAGGCUUUGUUGAUGCUACAUUUUAGCCGGUUACAACGAGAGGUCAAACAGAAGAUAACCGUGUUCGAGGCCAGUGGAAUGGAUGGUACAGGAAUUGAAGAAAUACGUUCUUGGCUCUUCGACCUAGAAACGCUAAAAAAAACUGGCGCACCACCUGAUUUUCUUCCACAGCCUAGUACUUCAAAAAAAUAAUCAUUCUUAUCCCGUUUAUUCAUGAAGGUGCAUCAGUUUCCUUAUUGAAGAAAGAUUCCAGUAUUCUUUUCUUGAAUCGUAGAUCACAAAUUUCUCUAAAAGUAUUCACACCGCGAGUAUUCCAUUUUUGUUAAACGAAGCCUGUUUGACUAAAUAAUCCCUCGGCUCCGAACAAAUUAAAGUGUACAAUAUUUUAUUUCACAAUUUACUUAA